AUGGCCACACACUCUCACAAGUCAAAGCCUGUCUCCUUCAUGCGGAAGAGGCGUCAAGUAUAUGUCGACAUACCCCCUUCUCCUCUUCAUUCGUCCACCCGUAGCGCGAGGUUAGAACAUGCAUCCGAGAGUAGCCUCAAGGAGAACGCACCUCUGCAGCCUACGCCCCUGCCGAGCGACAGUAGUUUGACCAGCCUGAGCAGCAUUAACUCUCGCCCGAACAAACGCAAGCUCUCAGACGCGUCGCGUCAGAUCUCUGGACGUGAGGAACUUAUCGUCUCUAACUCCAAGAAGCCCAGGGUUGUUACCCAGGCCACACCCAAGUCCGACAAUGUACAUGCCUCGAUUCAAGAUCAGGGCAAAGCGGCCCAGAAGGUCAAAGUUGCUACACUCUCCCUGGACUAUCCCGAUGAAACAGACGACGAACUCUUUUACUGCCACCAAUGCAACAAGAAACGUGUCGUUACUCAUAUCAUUCAAUGCACCGCAAAGAAGCAACCACUGAAACUCCACAGCCAGCGGUGUGGCGCCAAGUAUUGUAGGGCCUGUCUGUUGAAUAGGUAUGCUCUGGAACUCGAUGAUAUCAAGAAGGCCGGUGAAAUAGGCCUGAGUAAGAACGAAAAGGAAAAGCAUGUUUCUGGAGAAGGUUUUUACUUUCAAUGCCCGAAGUGUAAGGAUGAAUGUAAUUGUCGCAAUUGUCGCAAGGCGCAAGGUCUCCAACCUACAGGGAACUUGACCUUGAUAGCUCGCAAAGCGGGCAAAGAUUCUGCUGCUCAGAUGCUCGCAGACAAUCCCUCUGCUAUGGGUAAUUUGCCCGGUUUGGGUCGACAAGUCGUGCACGAAAAGAAGCCCAGAGCCACGAAAAUAAACGCUGCUUCCUCGUCCUCCGGAAAAGAGAAGAAUACACAACUGGGCAAAUCACGCGUGAAACCUCUCGCCCAGGAGGUCAAGCGAAAGCCUCGUACGACGAAGCCCAAAGCCCCCAUGGCGCGGAAGCCAGUGCCAAAACCGACAUGGACUCGUGUAUCCACGACAUUGACUCUGACCGCAGCCGAGAUGCGGAUGGACAUCCGCGAGUUUUUCCUCCGGUUCUUCCCUAUCCUGGACAUCGCCAAGGGACACCUGGAGGACCUGGAGGUAAUCUCCACUUCGCUAGGACCUCCUGUAACUCCAGUCAACGAUGCCGAGGAAGAAGAGCUAGUGGGAUGGGUCAGCGAGCCAUGCGCCAAGGCUCUGAUACUCAGUCUUUUGGCUGCGAUCUCCGGUAGCUCCACCUGCAACGAUGACUUCGGGAAGCGGAUUAAGGCGGCAAUGAAAGAGAUUCGCACAGCUGGUGCGAGCUUGAAUCGAAUCUGGAGUUCGCUUAUGUCGUUGCGGCAGGCCCUCGGACUCAUGUUCCCCGACCCACUUCCUCCUCCAGCGAGCUUCACGUACCACAACACGCGCAGUGGACUACAAGGAACGAACGUAGAGAUCGUGCCGUACAUCGCGAUGUCUGCACAGCUCGUUCCUGUCAUUGCAGCUCUUCUGGAACUGGCUCUCGAUGCAAGUACAGUGCGGGAGGAGCUAGAGCAAAGUGCCACCAAGGAGAAAGACAUAGGAAAGGACGUCAAAGAAGGCACCGCGAAAGAGAAGACCAGGUGGAAAGAUCAAAGAGAAACCUUGGAGGCAACGGCAAAGGGCAAUCUCAUUAAAACUCAGCGCGAAUUUCACAGGCAAAAGCUCGAGGGCAUCGAGCACGCGCAUCGCUUGGCGUUGUACACAUGUACACCACGAUUUAGCCCGCUGGGUCAGGACCACGAGGGCAGGGUGUACUAUGCCCUGACGCCCGGGAUGGCGGAGAGGGAGGCCGCGUUGCAGGUAAUUGCAGGUAAGGAAGGAAAAAUCAAGGUCAGCCGGAAGCGGGGAGUGAUGACAGAGGAUGAUAGAAAAGGGAUGCAACGGUGGUCCUGGUUUGUGGCCGUAUGGGGCCGCUUACCCAGAAAUGCGGUUAAGGCCGGGAACGACGACAAUGAAGACGAAGAUGAAGACGAGGGCUGGUGGGGCUUUUGGGAGCCAGAGCAGGUCAGGAGGGUCGCUAGCUGGAUCGCUGAGGAGUGUCGGCUCGGUGACGACGGCUUCACCACCACAUCGAAGGCCUCCAGCUCCCAUCUUAACGAUGGCGAGGACCACCCAAGACGUGCUGGCUCGAGCAACUCCUCCACUAAUGUCAACAAUCUUCACGACUCUCGCGAGCUUUCGCCUCUAUCAGAUCUAGAUUCCGACGAAGAUACCUUAUCCGACGAGGAUGAGAGCGAUGGAGAGAGCGACGACAGGAUGCAUUCCAGAUCACGAAGCGCAUCCAAGCCAAACAGGAAGGAAUUAGGUGAACUCGUGAACCGUCUCCAGGAGUACGCGGUUCUGCUUCAGUGGAGAAUCCAGCGUGUCGAGGGAGAAGGAACCGCUCUGAAAGAGAAGGAUAACGGAGUCCAUGCCUCAGUUCCCGCGAAGAAGUUUUAUGGGUAG